CCUCCUGUCCGCUCCGCAGCGCCAGCUCGGCAGGCAGGCGCGGGGUGUGCGUCUGGAGUGAGACCCGCCAGGCUCCAACUCCGCAGCGCCCGAGCGCAGCGGGCAGCAACUUUCUCCCGGUCGCGGCGGUGACGGCGGGCGCUGCGGUGGCAGCCGGAGCGGGAGCCCCAAGCGGGAAGGCGGCGGCGGUUGCUCCCGCCGGGUCGGGCUGUCCAGCCCUCCGAGACCGCCGACCCGGAGCCUCCUCAUCCCCCGGGCAGCCCCGGGCCCCUGCCCUAUGUCCCGCAAGGCGAGCGAGAAUGUGGAGUACACGCUGCGGAGCCUGAGCAGCCUGAUGGGCGAGCGGCGCAGGAAGCAGCCGGAGCCGGACGCGGCGAGCGGCGCCGGGGAGCGCAGCCUGCUGGCGGCCGCGGAGUCGAGCGCCAGCCUGCAGAGCGCGGGCGCGGGCGGCGGCGUCGGGGACCUGGAGCGCGCGGCGCGGCGGCAGUUCCAGCAGGACGAGACCCCCGCCUUCGUGUACGUGGUGGCCGUCUUCUCGGCGCUGGGCGGCUUCCUGUUCGGCUAUGACACCGGGGUGGUGUCCGGGGCCAUGCUGCUGCUCAAGCGGCAGCUCAGCCUGGACGCGCUCUGGCAGGAGCUGCUCGUGUCCAGCACGGUGGGGGCGGCCGCCGUCUCGGCGCUGGCCGGCGGGGCCCUCAACGGCGUCUUCGGCCGCCGCGCCGCCAUCCUCCUGGCCAGUGCCCUCUUCACCGCCGGCUCCGCAGUGCUGGCCGCCGCGAACAACAAGGAGACGCUGCUCGCCGGCCGCCUGGUCGUGGGACUGGGCAUCGGCAUUGCAUCUAUGACAGUGCCAGUGUACAUUGCGGAGGUCUCGCCACCCAAUCUAAGAGGCCGACUAGUCACCAUUAACACCCUCUUCAUCACAGGAGGACAGUUCUUUGCAAGUGUUGUCGAUGGAGCCUUCAGUUAUCUCCAAAAGGAUGGGUGGAGGUACAUGUUGGGACUUGCAGCAAUUCCAGCAGUUAUACAGUUCUUUGGUUUUCUCUUUUUGCCGGAAAGUCCUCGAUGGCUUAUUCAGAAAGGACAGACUCAGAAGGCUCGUAGAAUUUUAUCUCAGAUGCGUGGUAACCAGACCAUUGAUGAGGAAUAUGAUAGUAUCAGAAACAGCAUUGAAGAAGAGGAAAAGGAGGUUGGUUCAGCUGGACCUGUGAUCUGCAGAAUGCUGAGUUAUCCCCCAACUCGCCGAGCUUUAAUUGUGGGUUGUGGCCUACAAAUGUUCCAACAGCUCUCAGGCAUUAACACCAUCAUGUACUACAGUGCAACCAUUCUACAGAUGUCUGGUGUGGAAGAUGAUAGACUUGCAAUAUGGCUGGCUUCAGUUACAGCUUUCACAAACUUCAUUUUCACAUUGAUAGGAGUCUGGCUCGUUGAGAAGGUGGGCCGACGAAAGCUUACCUUUGGUAGUUUAGCAGGUACUACUGUGGCACUCAUUAUUCUUGCUCUGGGAUUUCUGCUCUCAGCCCAGGUUUCUCCCCAUAUCACUUUCAAACCAGUAGCUCCAUCAAGUCAGAAUGCUACUUGUACAAGAUACAGUUACUGUAACGAAUGUAUGUUGGAUCCAGACUGCGGUUUCUGUUACAAGAUGAACAAAUCAGCUGUCAUUGACUCUUCUUGUGUGCCCGUUAAUAAAGAAUCCACAAAUGAGGCAGCCUGGGGCAGGUGUGAAAAUGAAACCAAGUUCAAAACAGAAGAAUUAUUUUGGGCUUACAAUUUCUGCCCUACUCCAUACUCUUGGACUGCACUUCUGGGCCUUAUUUUAUAUCUUGUUUUCUUUGCACCUGGAAUGGGACCAAUGCCUUGGACUGUGAAUUCUGAAAUAUAUCCCCUUUGGGCAAGAAGUACAGGAAAUGCAUGUUCAUCUGGAAUAAACUGGAUUUUCAAUGUUCUGGUUUCACUGACAUUUUUACACACAGCAGAAUAUCUUACAUACUAUGGAGCUUUCUUCCUCUAUGCUGGAUUUGCAGCUGUGGGACUUCUUUUCAUCUAUGGCUGUCUUCCUGAAACCAAAGGGAAAAAAUUAGAGGAAAUUGAAUCACUUUUUGACAACAGGCUAUGUACAUGUGGCGCUUCAGAUUCUGAUGAAGGAAGAUAUAUUGAAUACAUUCGAGUAAAGGGAAGUAACUAUCAUCUUUCUGACAAUGAUGCUUCGGAUGUGGAAUAGUUACCAGUUGCUGAUACCUUUAGUUAUUUAAACAAGUGUUGGGGAGAACAGCAAUUGGUGACCUCACUGCCCUGCUUUUAAUCUGAUUCUUUCCACAGUCUCAUCCUGAAUGACUUCCUAUUCUAGAAUACUUGAUUAGGAGGUAAAUGCAACCCUUAUGACUUUUUUUUUUAAUAAGCAAAAAUUUUAGAAAAAAAAUUUACAGAGAUUUUAAUCUACUAAUUCUUCAGCUUAUAUUAAUUCUUUAAUCUAAUAAUUCCUUCCUGAGAUAGUGUAAAAUAAUAUUGUACCCAGUGACUUCAGUGGCCCCUUUUCCCCUAAGACCAUAUAUAAUUAUUAGUGACAAUAGAGUCAAUGAUAAUAUAGCCAAAUUACAUAAAUACACUUUUAAAGAAUUCUUUGAAAUGGUCCAAUAGUGUUUUAUGUCAAAACAUAGCCUAUUGACCCUAAAUUUUCUUAAUGAGUAGUGGCUUAUCUGUGAUCCGUUAUUAGAAAGUAAAUUUUUUUUAAAGUUUCAUCAACAGAUUCAAAAGUGUGUCUUAGGAGGGCACAGCUGUCCUUAUCUCUUUUGGAUACCACAUUUUGAUUUCUCUCUCCAGAUAAUGCAAAUUCUUCAGAGACUGACUCUACACAGGAUCUUUUGAACAUAUCAAAAGCAGGUCUUUUUAGGGGUUAUUUUCAUACUUUUUUUUUUUUGCUUUAGUGAUAUUUGCACAGAUAAGCUAGCAAGUUUUGAUAAGUAUAUUUUAUUGUCAAAGAAAGAAAGAAAAGAUUUUUAUAGAUCCCUAAUUCAUAAGUCACUUAAGAAUGCAACUAUAAAUGCAAAUAGUGCCAGAUCUUUAACUGUAUUUCAGGGUCAGUUUUUGUUCAUGCCAAACUCACAUCUUCACUCAUUGGUUCUGAAUCCACUCUUUUGUGCCUUCAUUGGUGUUAUAUAAAUAGCUGCUAGCAGACUAUUUUUCCCUUUCUUUUAAUCCAGUAAUUUCUGAAAUGAGAGGAAGGAAAUCAGUGGCAGAAAUAGUCCUGCUGUUAUUGAUGUUUCUUUAAUUAAAAUCAUGGGACUUAUUUUUUUAACUUUUUAUUAACUCUUCCUAAGUUAUCACAUUUAAUUGUAAUUGUCUUUUUCUUAACUCCAUAAACUAGUUUUUAUUUUGCCAUCUUUUCACAUUUUUUCGGACAAUUUUCCAAAAAUACCAAGAUAUAUAGAUUUGGCUCUAUGU